UUUUGACUAUAUAGGGAGCCCUAAACAUUCUCCUUCACCUAACACUUCCAUUUCCGAACACUCUGCGUCCCCCAACCUUCUUGCUCAAAAAUAAAAAACUGUUCACAGAAGAGAAGAAAGCUUCUUUUUUUUUUUUCCCUUGAUGUAUUGAUUAUUUCUCUGAUAUUUCUACCAAUUAAUUGACUAAACAUCACAGAGGAUCCUCCAUGGCCAUUUCUUCUUCUUCUUCUUGGUCUGCUUCUCUUCUUCUGUGCUGUCUUUGUUUCUUCUCCAGUUUGAUCAGACAUGGAACAGUCGAAGCGUCCCACCAGGUCUUUCUACACCUCCAGAACUCUGAAUCAUUAACUGUUAAUUCUUCAGCGGACCAACCUUUCCGGACUGCUUACCACUUUCAACCUCCCAAGCAUUGGAUCAACGAUCCUAAUGGACCCAUGAUUUAUAAAGGCCUAUACCACCUGUUCUACCAAUACAAUCCCAAGGGGGCCGUGUGGGGCAACAUUGUGUGGGCUCAUUCCACGUCUAAGGACCUCGUAAACUGGACCCCGCACAAGCCAGCGAUCUACCCAUCGCAGCCAGCCGAUAUAAAAGGUUGCUGGUCAGGAUCGGCCACGAUCCUUCCUGAUGGUAAACCUGUGAUCCUCUACACCGGUAUAAACCCUGAGGAACAGCAGGUCCAAAACAUAGCCUUCCCCAAGGACCUAUCCGACCCAUACCUCGUGGAAUGGGUGAAGUCUCCAAAGAACCCUUUAAUGGCCCCGACUGCAUCGAACAAGAUCAAUGCAAGCUCCUUCAGGGACCCGACCACAGGUUGGCUGGGUCCGGACGGGAUGUGGAGGGUAAUUAUCGGAAGCAAGAGGCGAAGAAAGGGAAUGGCAAUUUUGUAUAGGAGCAAGGACUUCAUUCACUGGGAAAAAGCAAAGCGCCCUCUUCACAGUGCCAAGAAGACCGGGAUGUGGGAAUGCCCUGACUUCUUCCCCGUUUCCACUUCUGGCCACGUCGGCCUUGACACAUCGGCAUCUGGACCUCACGUGAAACACGUGCUCAAGGUAAGCUUGGACGACACCAAGAAGGAGUACUACACAAUUGGGACAUAUAACCCCACUAAGGAUGUCUAUGUGCCCACCAAGGGCUCGAUAGAGUUUGACUCCGGCCUCAGGUAUGACUAUGGGAAGUUCUAUGCAUCCAAGACUUUCUUCGACAGUGACAAGAAAAGGAGGGUCCUCUGGGGCUGGAUCAACGAGUCGUCCACCAGGGACAAUGAUAUCAAGAAAGGGUGGGCCGGGGUUCAGGCGAUUCCAAGAACUAUUUGGCUACACAAGUCUGGUAAGCAACUGGUGCAGUGGCCGGUCACGGAAAUAGAGAAGCUACGUACUGGUCAAGUCGACAUGUGCAACAAGCUGCUGAAGAAAGGGACUAAGCUUGAAGUGUCUGGUCUGACAGCUUCACAGGCGGAUGUGGAGGUGUCAUUCGAAGUGGGAAAGCUCGAUAAGGCUGAGAAAUUCGACCCCGGUUGGACGAAUGCACAAGAUCUGUGUACCGAAAAGGUUGCAACAGUCAAAGGAGGGAUCGGACCAUUUGGGCUAAAGACCUUAGCCUCCGAGGGCUUGGAAGAGUACACGGCCAUCUUCUUUAGGAUCUUUAAGGGCAAAGACAAAUUUGUUGUUCUCAUGUGCAGUGACCAAAGCAGGUCGUCCCUCGACAAUAGCAACGAUAAGACUAACUAUGGAGUUUUCCUGGAUGUGGACCCUGCCAAGGAGAAGUUGUCUCUGAGGACCCUGAUAGACCACUCCAUUGUGGAGAGCUUUGGUGGGGAAGGGAAGGGCUGCAUCACUGCUAGGGUUUACCCAAAACUGGCAACCAGAGAUGGGGCCCACCUCUAUGCUUUCAACAAUGGGUGCCAGGAUGUUCACAUCUCGAAUUUGACAGCUUGGAGCAUGAAGAAGGCCCAGCUAAAUUAAUCGAACCACCCACCCCUUUUAUGGAGGGUUGAGGUUGAUUUUAGUUUUUGUACAUAUAGUUUUGCAAUCUAGCUCAUAGUUUGCAAAUCUAUAUAUUUAUACUACUAUAUAAAGGAAAUAUGUAUGUAAGUAAACUCCUAAAGCUUAUUCGACGAGAUACAUCUGUUCGUUUCAUGAGAGCUUUCUACAUAAACUUUUCAAAUAUUUUUCUACCACAUGGUUAAUUGUACUUUUGAAUUCCCUUCAUCAAUGAAUUUCUUUCUAUCUUUA